AUGUCUCUCCCAGGACUGGAACUCACCCAACCGUCAGAAGAUCGAUCGCAGGCCGCCGCACCGCCGUCGCAGAUCAAUCUGACCCCAGGCUCAGAAUGGCGCUUUGAGGUUGCCUUUGGCCAUGUGAUCAAAGUCAAGCUCCUCAACGGUACAGCAGAACUUUUCGGAACAGAACUCGCCGAGUCGCAAACCUACACCUUCUCUGGUACAAAGGCGGCAAUCUUCACAUGGCAUGGCUGCGCAUUGGAGGUUAGCGCUGCAGAGAUUGUACAGCACACCUCGGAUGGAGUCUCACCGGCGAUUGGCCAUGGUGCCGGAGGAUGCCACAGCGAGUACACAGCGGAGGAAACGCCAAUGGUCGAAUACGCCAAUGUCCACUUUGCGCUAGAGACAAUGCGCGAGGAGGCCCAGUCAAUUGGUAAAGAUGGUCCACGCGUGCUACUGCUUGGUCCCGAGAACAGUGGAAAAACUACUCUCGCCAAGAUCUUGACUUCGUAUGCGACGAAGAUCGGCCGUCAGCCUCUGGUUGUGAAUCUCGAUCCGACAGAAGGUAUGCUCGGUGUGCCUGGCACAUUGACUGCGACUGCGUUCAGAACUAUCCUGGACGUUGAGGAUGGCUGGGGAAGCAGUCCCAUGUCCGGUCCCAGUCCGGUGCCCGUCAAGCUACCUCUGGUGUAUAGCUACCCGAUGCAAAACCCGCUAGAUGGUGAAGGCGUCGUAUACAAGCCAGUCGUCUCGCGUCUCGCGCUCUCGGUGACUGGCCGUAUGGCCGAGGAUGAGGACGCUCGGGAAACAGGAAUCAUCGUCGACACUCCUGGAAUCCUGGGUUCCGACAAGCCGGGCAGCAUGGACCUGAUUAACCACAUCGUCACCGAGUUCUCAAUCACCACAAUUCUUGUACUGGGCUCAGAGCGCCUCUACAGCACUGUAGCCAAGCAGUAUGACAACAAGCCCAGCUCCAGUGCAACGGCAGCCGUCUUCGAUGAGCACGUCUCCGUCAUCAAGCUAUCCAAAUCAGGCGGCUGCGCUGACCGUGACGAAGCCUUCCGGAAGGCGACCCGCGAGUCUCAAAUCCGCACAUACUUCUUCGGCAACUCUAUGCCAUCCUCAUCCCCCGCUUCCGCAAUCACCCUCUCCCCCCAUGCACAGCAGCUUGACUGCGCCACUCUCCCAAUCUAUAAUUACACCACCCCCUCCGCCGACGACGAGGAUGAGGAUGACUACGAUCCCUCCCAGCUCGGCACAGACUUCCUUCCCGGCGGCGGCGCAGAUGACUACACAGAACCAAAACAGGAUCCUGACCGCGCAGCUCCUCUUCCUGGCGUGGUUGGUUCCUUCUCUGAGCCUGUCAGCGCCCCCGAGAAAAGUGACAGCACUGUCCCUCUGAAAAAAAUUCUCGCUCCUGUACCUUCCGCUCUUGCAAAUACCCUCCUGGCUAUUACCCACGCUCCUUCUACUGCAUCACCUGCUGAAGUCCGCGACGCCAGUAUCAUGGGCUUCUUGUAUGUUGCCGACGUUGACGCGGAUAAGGGGAAGAUCCGGGUUCUUGCGCCUGUUGGUGGAAGAAUGCCUCCGCGUGCUAUUAUCUGGGCUAAGCGUUGGCCUGGUGAGCUGGUUGGCUUGGUCGGUUAG